AUGAGGCUGGUCAGUGCUGGGGUCCGACUCCGGAGGGCUGCUGAGCCGUCUGAACCGGAAUCGGAGGAAGCAACGGAGCCAGCUCAUCAUGAACACCCUCACUCAGAACACCACGAACACGCACACACAGAACAUCACCCGGGGCACGACUACAACCACAUGAAGGAAAAGUUCAUGAAUGAACUGAGUCAUCUGCCAAUUCCCAUGUGGGCAGUAGGAGCCAUCGUUGUGUUGGUCCUGCUUUUGGUAGCGUGCUUCAUCUUUUGUGUUUUCAAAAAAUGCUUUGGAAAAAAGAAAAAGCCAAAGAAAGUGAGAGAGAGGAAGACAGGUCGCCGCAGAAAGGAAAAGGAGGGUGAAGGAGAGGCUGGAGAGAAGGAGGGGGAGGUGAAGAAGGAAGGUGAGGAAGAGGAGAAAGAACAGGAAAAGUUGGGUAAGCUGGAGUUCUCCUUGGACUACAACUUCACAGAUUCCCAGCUCAUAGUGGGUAUCCUUCAGGCUCAGGAUCUUGCUGCUAUGGACAUGGGGGGAACUUCAGACCCCUAUGUCAAAGUCUUUUUGUUGCCAGACAAAAAGAAGAAGUAUGAGACCAAGGUUCAACGCAAAAACUUAUGCCCUGUUUUCAAUGAGACUUUCAUCUUCAAGAUUCCAUAUGCAGAGUUGGGCGGAAAGACGCUGGUGCUGCAGGUCUUUGACUUCGAUCGUUUCUCCAAGCACGACAUGAUUGGCGAAAUAAAGAUUCCCAUGAACAGUGUUGAUUUGGGCCAGCCAAUGCAACAAUGGAGGGACUUGGAGAGUGGUGAGAAGGAGGAGGAAAAACUGGGUGACAUUUGCAUUUCUUUACGCUAUGUACCCACUGCGGGAAAACUGACAGUCAACAUCAUGGAGGCAAAGAAUCUAAAGAAAAUGGAUGUUGGUGGCUUAUCAGAUCCAUACGUGAAGAUUGUUCUGCAACAAAACGGAAAACGGAUUAAGAAGAAGAAGACGACAGUCAAGAAAAACACACUAAACCCCUACUUCAAUGAGAGUUUCAGCUUUGAUGUCCCCUUUGAGCAGAUACAGAAAGUGCAGGUUGUCAUUACAGUAUUUGACUAUGAUAAACUUGGGAGCAAUGACCCCAUUGGAAAGACCUUCAUGGGUUAUGGAGCUACAGGAGUCGGCCUGCGCCACUGGUCAGAUAUGCUUGCCAAUCCCAGACGUCCAGUAGCCCAGUGGCACACUCUCAUGCCCGAGGAGGAAGUCGAUGCAGCACUGAAAGCAAAACCUCGUUAGAGGCCACUUCAGCGGAUUAUCAAACACUGCUGACGUGUUACUUAGUGUUAAACCUGAUGUUUUCUCAAUUUGCAUGUUCUGUUUUCCAUUUUGUUUCUUUUGAGAUACUUCCAUGUAUGUUUGUAGGUGUGUAUGUGUG